UUUACAGCACAUGACGACAUCAUCAUCAUCAGCAUCAUCAUGGGCCGCUGUGGUCGUUGGGUUUCCAGGGUGCGCAACCCAGAGGAGGCCGAGCUGGGGGGGAAACCACGCAACUCCCGGCGGGCCCCGUCCAAGAACAAACACAUUUUAAUUGUCAUGUGCACGGCUAAAACGCGUGCAACAAGCACUGCCCCGUAUGUCUCAACAAAUCCACAAGCCUGGAGGAUGGACCUGCUGCUGAAUCAUGCUGCUGUUUCUAAGUGUUCAGGCUCCUUUUCUGCCACAGCGACAACGGCCUCAACCAUUUUGCAAAUGCGCACAGGCUGCACCAGCGUCAUGCCAAUACACCUCUUUUUCGGUCUACUUCUCGUCACCAUGUCCGGCGCCACCUCCACGGCCCCUUCGUCUCCCCCGACCACCGGGGUGCCCGCCUCCACGCCGGCCUCCACGUCCAUAGGUACAACCAUGACCCCCGCCGCCUCGCCUUCCACAGGAGCACCCGCAACCUCCCCACCGCAAGCUGCCGCGAGCACACCUUUAUCUACAGCAACCAGCCCCGUGCCGUGGUCGUCCUCCAGCGGCGGCGGCGCCGGCUCAACUACAGCCACCGCCACAGGCACACCUUUAUCCACAGGAACAAGUCCCAUGCCGUGGUCGUCCUCCAGCGGCGGCGGCGCCGGCUCAACUACAGCCACCGCCACAGGCACACCUUUAUCCACAGGAACAAGUCCCAUGCCGUGGUCGUCCUCCAGCGGCGGCGGCGCCGGCUCAACUACAGCCACCGCCACAGGCACACCUUUAUCCACAGGAACAAGUCCCAUGCCUUGGUCGUCCUCCAGCGGCGGCGGCGCCGGCUCAACUACAGCCACCGCCACAGGCACACCUUUAUCCACUGGAACAAGUCCCAUGCCUUGGUCGUCCUCCAGCGGCGGCGGGGCCGGCUCAACUAGAGCCACCGCCACAGGCACACCUUUAUCCACAGGGACAAGUCCCAUGCCGUGGUCGUCCUCCAGCGGCGGCGGCGCCGGCUCAACUAGAGCCAGCGCCACAGGCACACCUUUAUCCACAGGAACAAGUCCCAUGCCGUGGUCGUCCUCCAGCGGCGGCGGCGCCGGCUCAACUACAGCCACCGCCACAGGCACACCUUUAUCCACUGGAACAAGUCCCAUGCCUUGGUCGUCCUCCAGCGGCGGCGGCGCCGGCUCAACUAGAGCCACCGCCACAGGCACACCUUUAUCCACAGGGACAAGUCCCAUGCCGUGGUCGUCCUCCAGCGGCGGCGGCGGCAGCUCAGCUUCGCCCACAGGCACACCUUUAUCCACAGGAACAAGUCCCAUGCCGUGGUCGUCCUCCAGCGGCAGCUCAACUACAGCCACCGCCACAGGCACACCUUUAUCCACAGGAACAAGAAGCGGCAUCAUGCAGCCGUCGGCCGCUGGAACUAACGCUGCUGCUUCUACACAAACAACUUCUGCUAGCUCAGUCCGUGCUCCUAAUACAGGAACCAUCUCUGCUUCCUCCUCCUCCUCCUCCUACUCCACCACCACCUUCAUGUUUAGCACAACCUGGAGUCCAAACAGCAACUCCGGGACCAUGAAGACAAUGCCGAUGAUAUCGUCUACCGCCGAGGUGUCCACGUCCACCACCACGGCCGCGUCCGGCGCCGCCACGAUCACGACCGUGAGUCGGAACGCCGCCACCGGGCACUCCACCACGAUGAUGAUGAUGAUGUCCGCACACACGGGAGGGAGCGUGUCCGGUAUGACAACAAGCACAAUGAACAUGGUGCAGAUCUACUGUCCGGUAUUCUCGUGUAAUUGCUCAGAAUGCGACGCCAUGUACGCCAGUCAUAAUGCCACCCUUUGUGCCAGCGGCGAAUGGUGUCAGCUGUUGAAGAUGGACAUGUACGACUACGCGGCCAACUGCAGCGCCCCCUGUGACGGCGGCUGCGCCAACGCCUCUCGCGCCAACUGCGCCGUGGCCUGCUGCAACAGCACGGGCUGCCUCGCCGACGCGUUCGCGUCCCUGGCGAUGACGACGACGACCACGGUUGCUCCGAGCACCACGGCGACCACGGUCGCCCAGAAAACUACGGCGGCCCACGGUAACAAAUGCCGCCAAGGGACGUGCACCGGUGCCACCUGCUACGCCGGUUUCAGCAACACGCUGCAGACGUGCGCCUCCACGCAGGUGCACUGCCAGCUGAUGAAAGAAACAGUGGGCUCCGCCACACAGUGGACAGCGGGCUGCACCGCCAACUGCUCGGCGCAGACGCCGUGCGAGGCCGCCGCGGCGCCUCCCUGCCACCUGGAGUGCUGCGACGCCGCCCCCGACGCGUCCUGCCUGUGGCUCAACGGGACGCUCAACCACGUGUCGUCCCGAGCCGCGGGCCCUCGUCCUCUCGCGGGACUGGCGGCGCCCUCGCUGUGCCUGCUGCUGGCGUCGGGGCUCCUGCUGUGAGGCGGCCGUCCCUUCGGCGAAGCGUGUGCACGACCCCGCCCGUUACGUUGCUGAUUGUAUCUUACGAAAUGUUUGGGAACACACACACACACACUUGGCAGCGUUCCCCCCCCCCCCAGUUAAAAGGCCAAUGACAAUUUGAUUGAAUAAGUAUUUACAAGAGACAUCAUCAUAUUACAUUUAGUUUGUAAAACGCAACAUGAAACCCGUCCUACGUCGUUUCAUAUUCUAUUAAAAAGAAACGUGCCUUACAGCUUAAGAUUCGGAUAAGGAAGACAACCUUAAUGAAUGUUGAUCGCUUAGCACAAUGCAGUACACCGGUGCCUUGAGAUACAACAAAAACUUUUCAAAUGUGUUUUGAAUAAGGAAUAUAAUAUCAUAUAAUAUUGCACUUUAUAAAAACGGAAUAAUAGCACCAUUAAGUAGAAUGUAAAGAAAUAAACGGUUUUCCCAUCAUGCGUGAAUGCUCGAAUUCAUUUCAUUGUGCUGCUCCUGCUGGUGUGCCCGCAUUGGCCACCGGGGGGCAGUGUAAUACAGUCAAACAGACAAGUGAAGAAGACGCAGCACCGCUCUCGGUGACGCAAUAAACUGCAAUAAUACGAGUCAUUUUUUUCGCUGAGGAUUGAGAAUAAAUACUUGUGAGUAUAGAGGAUGUUGAGUUUCGAGUGGUAUUAAUGUGACC